ACAACAUUUUGAAGUCUACGCUAUUUGGUAGAAGCAUUUUUAUGGCUCAUAUAACCAACACCAUUUUCAUAUUGACAGGACUGUUGUUUUAGUUUUCAGAUUUAAUUUGAAAUGAAGUUACAUUUUACUGAGUGCAAUAGUUUUUAUCGUGAUCUCUUUGGCGAGGGAAAAACUCUGGAACGCUAAUCUAACACACACGGUCUGAGCUACUUACAGAAUCCACAAAUCAAUUCCUUAAAAUCGUUGAAGUUAUUAGAAAUACCUUUACUUUUCAAAAUUCUGUUCGCUUAUGUCCUUUUCUGAUCAUGAUGUUGAGCAGGGGUGUUAUAUACCUCUCAUUAGGUGCUCUCUGUUAUUCGUUAGGAUCUCUCUCCUUUGCUAAAUCGGGAGCUCAAUCGUCACAAAUCAGCACUUGGGUCGGCAUUAUUGGAUCUCCAACAUGCAUAUUGCUUCUGGCUUUGGACAACAGCUUCAAGCCGACGGAGAAUUUGAAAAAUGUAGAUUUGUAUCUGAGUUUACUUAAUGGGUUUGUGUUUGGAGGAGCUGCUAUUUUCCUGCAUUUCUGGUCACUGGAGUACAUCUUACCAGCUGAUAAUAACAUGGUUGUGGUCUUUUUCCAUAUUUGCAGCUCAGUUAUAUUUCAAAUGCUAGAAGACAAGAGAUUUCCAUCUGUUUUAACUUUCUUCUCGGUUUUGUUUGGUUUUAUUGGGACGUUUUUUGUCUGCAACCCAAAAGAUUUACUUACUAAAAAUAUUCUGGAAGUAGACAAUUUAAAGGGUGUUGCUCUAGUUGCAUUAGCAGGGGUUUCAUUUGCAUGCAUGUAUGCCAAUAUUCGACGCUUUCAAAACAUACCGCCUCCUUGGACUAGUUUGGGAGCAGCCCUGGGUAACUUUGCCAGCGGAUUGACCUCGUAUAACCCCUGGAGAGUCACGAGUCAACAACAGUGUGCAAACAUGCCUCGAUUGCUAGCCCUUCUAGCCGCCGUUUUUCAGACAAUAACACUGUGUUCUAAUUUGAAAGGAGCCUAUGAAAAAUCGGUCACAGUGACAGCAACAGCUGUGAUUCAACUAUUGUCCCCAGUUUUCAGUUUCGUCCUGCAGCUGUUUCUGUUUCCAGACAUAGUUUGGUGGAGAUCUGGCUUAGGCAUUUUCUUCAUCAUUCUAGCUGUCGGGACUCAGCUCAUAGUGUUGAAACAACGCGAAACAGAAAUAAGGAAAGAACUUCAAGCUCAUAUACAAAAUGACGGCUUUGAACUAAAAGAGACAUGAAAAAACUAUUGCACUUAUCGUAAAAUAAAGUUAUACAAUGUAGAUUUUUGGUUUAUGCAUUUGUAAGUGGUAUUUGUAUGCAAACCCGAAGGCAAAAAUGUAAAUGUAACGAUAAAUAACAUAAAUCAUUCAUAAGUUUGGGAUUAAUUGAACAAAAUACAGUGAUAGACUUACGAUUUAAACUAC